CGUCUCUCUUCUUAUUCUUUCUCUCUUUCACUCACCUAACAUUGCAAAGGGAAAAGCCCUUCUUCUUUUCUUUUCUUGGGAAAACUCUCUUUUGAUUAGGUCUAAAAUGGCAUCAAGAAAAGCAAGAAAACCAAACCGAGCUGAGAAGAAACUCAAAAGAACCCAUUUCAAGAAAAAGCUUCCACAACACAAGAACACCGACACACCCACUAUUCUCGACCAUACUUCUUCAUCUACUAUUGUUUCCUCGUGUUCUUCCACAACGACGACGUUUUCACCUGAAGACACAAGCUACUCUGUUCACUCUCCUUCUCCGAAGGUGCUGACGUCGUCACCAGGUAAAGGUGGUGUCGGUGGCGGUUGUUGUACCCCAAAAUCUCUAAAGUCUCGGAUACCGGAGAUACUGACGUGUCCACCAGCGCCAAAGAAGCAAAGAGUCCCACAGAACUGCACGUUACGACGGAGACAGAUCGUUUUCUUUGCUCCUCCAGAGAUAGAGCUCUUCUUCGUCAAAGCAAACCAUCAAUAAACAGAUUUGAAUUAAUAUUUGUAGUCUUUUUUUUUUGUUAUUGGUGCUAGGAUCGAUCGAUAUAGAAAGUAGUAUGAGAAGAUGAUCAAGAUUUCAUCUCUUUGAUUUGUUAAUACAAUAACGAAGAGUAUAUUAUAAUGAUAUCUAGUGAUGUUUUGUUUUGUUUUCUUAUUAUUUUGGUUUGUUUUUAACAUAUUGUUCCUUUGGCGCUUGUUUUUUCUGGGAGAGAUUUGAAUGAAGUCGGUUUGAGUUU